CACGACUCGGACUACCCAGUGCCGCUUCCUCCGCUACUCCAAAGUAGUGUGAGUCUCUUGGUCUCAAACGCAGGCUCCAGUUUCAAAUGACUAAGUUACGAGCGGGAGUGCCAAAGCUCGUGCCACGUUCAUUAAUCUCGAUGCAAUCUCAAGCACAAGCGACAAAUGACAAGUUGAACAAUACAGUAAUGAACCUUCGUCUUCAGAAGUACACUCUCGCACGACCACCGCUGCAGAGCAAAGCGGUGAGCAACGGGAUGCAAGUCAGAUUGUUAUCGACGGUAUUGACGGCGAAAUUACUGAACAAGAGGGCUAAGCGAAAGAGAAAGAGUGCGGCAAAGAUAGAAGAAACUGGAGGGGAGGAAGAUGGAAACGAACGAAUUGCGGAUGGUAGUGAAGUCGAGGCCAAAAGCAAAAGCGUCGUCGUCGGGAACAAAACCGAAAAGGACAACACGUAAAUCUACUACCGUAGAUCCUUCUUCUCCAACGAAGACCAAAACCUCCUCGCCGAUCCCAUUCCCAGACUCCAUUUGACCUUCAGCGGAUCCCGGAGCAGAGCUCGAUCCUACGUCUACUACGAUGGCGGCUUUAUGCGAAGACACUGGCCGAGGGAGGGUUUCAAGCAAGGCAGUGGAAAUUUUGAGCAAUCAUGAUUCAUGACAGGUCCGCAUCGGGCGGGACCAUCAUCGAUGAAGAUUGCUUGUUGUAGACCGUGUAGAGGGUGAACAAGGAGAAGGUGAAUACGAAAAAGUUAUAGAGAGUGAUAUGACCAAGUUUGUCAACUCCGGGACGUAUGGAAAGCGAUUUCGGGGAAGCAGAUGGAGUAAGGAAGAAACAGAGUUGUUCUAUGAUGUCGGUUGCUUUUUCCUUUCCGGGCUCACUUGUCCUAACUCCCCUUCCUCAGUCUGGUGAAGACUAUGAACUUGGAACUUAUUUCGUACAUCCUGCCAGGGAGGGAUAGGAAACCAUGCAAAAACAAUUUCAAAGCGGAGGACAAGAGGGAUCCUGGUCGUAUCAAUCAAUGUUUAGAUGUACAUCAAAGCUCUUGCACUAAUGACAGCUCCAGGACCCAAUUCUAUCUCCCUGGCUGAGCGGGGACGGAAGGAGAAACAGGGAAAUAGUUCAUCUUCGAAACGUAGUAGGAGUCGAAUUACAGUGAUGUUGGUGCAUAUGCGAUGGAUGAUUGAAUUUCGUGAAUCUUCUCGGUUAGAGUCUAGAAGUUCUCUUAUUCCUCAUUUAAGUAUGUAGUUUCUACUACGGUAUCGUGCGACCCGCAUACACCGCCCCAAUUGCAAUUGCCGUAGGCCCACUUGCCUAAUGCCGAUGACGGGCAAAACAAAAUCAACGCCCGGUGUACAGCUAGCAAGCGGGGGUAUUGGACUUUUCCUAUCCAACGUCCAUCAUGUCUAGUGUCGGCAGUAAAGACCCUGUUGAACAACUUCAAGCCGCCACCAAAGCCUUCGACUUCCUGUUCGAUAACGACGUCGUCCAAGCGAAAGUCGCCUUCGCCGCUGACGAUAGCCCUUUUCAUCUAGUUGGAAUGGCGGCUUGCGUUUUCUUAGAGGCUGCAUUGGGAAUGGAGUCCGCUCAAAUGGCUGAAGCGUCCAAGUUGCUGGCCCAAGCUGAGAUGGCGUCGAAGAAACAAGCUGGAAAAGCCAGGAAUAGUCUCUCCAGGUUUCCGGAGGGCUUAGAAAUGGAAGUCCUGAACGCCGAUGCCGUCGUUCUAUUGGGGAUCACCUCUGCAUUAAGCGAAUCGUACUUGGGUUAUCUUCAAUGCUUGUAUUCGUUAAACAACGCGCAUUCAAAGUUCACCAAGCUUUACAAAACUGUCUUCCCAAACGGGCUCGACGGCUACACAACACCCGCCGCAUCACCAGGGCCAUCUCGUAAACCUUCCCAGCCAGAUCUCAGAGAAGUUGCUUCUGCAAUAAAACCAUCUCUAAGGCCGAAAGCCUCCAUGUCCUCAAUAUCAUCAAUACCUUCCGCAAGGAAAGGUUCCAGUUUCUUUGGGCGACUCACUUCCAGUGGCUCGUCUACCCCGACUACGCCGAUUUUUCCAGAGGGUACACCACUACCUCCCGAUGGCCCUAUUGAAGAUUUAAUUGUAUGUGGAACUGCGUUUGGGUAUGGCCUAUUCAAUCUCGUAUUCUCUCUUCUUCCGAAGAAAAUACAGAGUCUGGUAGGGUUUCUUGGUUUCAAACAUGAUCGAAAUCUAGCACUCCAAGCGUUAGCCGUGAGCGCAGCGAAGAAGGACGUUCAUUCGGUUUUUGCUGGAUUAGUCUUAAUGACCUAUCGUGGUAUUGUUCUUCUGCUUUCUGGAUAUCAAGCAGACGAAACCUAUAUCCUACGUCAAUAUACCGCGAUUGUCGACUCGGUUCAUGCGAGGUACCCAAAUGGCUCGCUAUGGAUCCUGAACCAAGCAAAGAUCAAGCGGAUGUCUGGAGAUUUGGAGGGAGCGAUCAAAGUCCUGACGGAGGGACUGGAGCCGAGCAAAAAGGUUGAAAGCAAGGCAUUCAGGCAAGCGGAUACUAUGCUUGUUUUCGAACUUGCCUGGACGUAUCUAUCGCGUCGUCAAUAUCAAGAGGCGGCAGAAAUGUUCAUACGUAUGACCGAACUCAACAAUUGGUCCCAUGCCACAUACUAUUUCCUUGCCGCUGGUUGCUAUUUUUCGACAGGGAACAAAGACAAAGCACAAGAGCUUCUCGAUGCUGUACCAGCUUUGAUGGGAAAGAAAGGGCAAGGAAAGGUUGGUGGGAAGCCGCCUCCAACCGAAAUGCUCAUCAUGAAAAAAUUGGAGUUUUAUGAGGGCAAAGCAAAAAAGCUGGGUGCGAAACAAAUUGUGGAUUGUAUAGUGAUCAGUCCUGCAGAAGAGAUUGGCAUUUUCUGGAAUAAUCACGCCAGGAUCUCACCGGAGACAGCGGAAGCGCACAUCCUCGAAUGGUCGGCCCUAACACCGUCCGUGACAAUCCAGAGUCAGUAUAUUCCUCCGGAAUCGUCGUCAUCAUACAACCAGGUCGACCUCGCAACGCCGGACGAGUUGGCAAUACGCUCGCUCCUCCUUGGCCUCGUCCAUCGAAGUCUAAGCGACUUCGAGGCUUCCCGAAAGUUUUUGGACGACGCAGCGGAGCGCCACGAUAAAGUGGAAACAAGUACAUGGGUUGGCGGCGUGGCUUGGUUCGAACUGGCAGUACUGGAUCUGAAAGAGGUGGAGGCCAUUGAACGAUCAUCGUCUCGGCCUGAGCCCGCUGCUCUUCGCUCUCAGUGGUUACAGGCUCUCAAAAUAGCAAACGAGAAGCUUGACAAAGCGCUUGGGUUGGCUCCGAAUUCCGUUGAUUUGUCCAGUCGGUUGGAUAGCCGGAUCACCAUGCUCAGAGAUGAGAUUGAAACCAAACGCCGGAUGUUGGCAGAGUCGAAGCCUUGACUCGGCUCUUGUUAUAUGCAUAUUGGAUUCGCUGGACUGUAUGUCUAACUCGACGCGCACGCUAGUAAUAGACUAUUCUUAUAGAGCCCUACUGGGUGGUUGUACUACUACAUAGAACUCCAGGCGUUUUGCCGCUGAAUAAACAAAAGGGGCCAAACAAACACACCAG